AGGGGAUUUUUGCUCUAUAUUUGUCUCAGGUAGUUUCUUAUUCGUUUAUAAAAUUAACGGUACAACUAUUUUGUAUUUACAUGGCAUGUGGCACUAGAACAAGUCCAGGAGGGUCCUGAAUGCAGUUUACCACUCCUACGUGGUUGAGACAUGGCAGAAGAUCACUUAAAGGCAGAUGCCUCAGCUGGGGAGGGGGAGACGGAGCCCAGCAUGCUACUGCAGAAACUCAAAAACAACAUUUCUAAAAAUGUGCAGGGCAAAGUGGACAAAAUUUUGGAAGAUGUUCAGCGUUUCUCUGACAAUGACAAGCUCUACCUUUAUCUACAGUUACCCUCAGGUCCAAGUGCAGGAGAGAAGAGCAGUGACUCAAACUCGGUCAACACAGCAGACCAGCUUCACACCUGCAACUGGAUUCGUAGCCACUUGGAAGAACAUCCUGACACCUGCCUGCCUAAACAAGAUGUUUACGAGACGUACCGGAAGCACUGUGACAAUUUACAACAUCGGCCUCUAAGUGCAGCAAACUUUGGCAAAAUCAUCCGAGACAUCUUCCCUAACAUUAAAGCACGAAGACUGGGUGGAAGAGGACAGUCCAAAUACUGCUAUAGUGGGAUACGUAGAAAAACCGUGCUAAACAUGCCGUUACUGCCCAACCUGGACCUCAAAAAUGACCCGUCUGAAUUGACUGAACUGGUGCAAACCUACAAGCAAGAGGUUACUGAAGCAGCUUGUGAGCUCAUCUGUGACUGGGCUCAGAAGAUCCUGAAGCGCUCUUUUGACACAGUAGUGGAGAUUGCGCGCUUCCUUGUGCAGGAACACAUUGUCAACCCACGCUGCAGCCAAGCCGAGCUCGUCACCUCAGCUGCUCUGGCAGGUGGACCUUCCAAACCUCAUAAGGUAAUCAAAAAGAUUCCUGCAGCUUCCCGAGCAGGUGGAACAGAGGAAGAUAGUGGCAGUGUGGAAAAUAAGCAGAAGGAGAAAGAUGCUGUGGAACAGCUGACAUCUAAUAAGCAACAGGUUAGUGAAAAAACAACCAACAAGCUGGAGUCUGCUCGGGUAGAGGCCUUCAUGAAGAAGUUGCCCCAGCUCCUUCCCAGGGGCACGGUUCCGGAGAAAACCUCCCCACCGUGUCUCACUCCUGCUGAUUCGGGCAACGUUCAAGUCACUUUGCCCAUCACAGUUGCAACUAUACCAUCUCAACCAGGUGGCACUGUCCCCGUUAUGAUUCUGCCAUCAGGCAUGAGUCUUUCGUACCCAGAACGUGACAAAACAUCAGUCACGGUUGCGACUUCCGCUGCUCCGACACCGGUGGUCCAGAGAGCACGAGCACCCGCCCCUAAGAGGGGCCCUGACUCCUCCUCCUCAGUUUCAGCCUCUGGCUCUGCUGGUGUUGCUUUUAAACGCAAAAGAGGACGACCCAGAAAGCAAAGACCAGAAGAUGCAGCAGCACAAGUACUGUCAGCCCAAACCACAAUUCCAAAUCCAGCUUUGCUCUCAAGAGGAGUAAUCCAGAAGGCUUCAGCUUCCUGUAUGCCAGCCACAUCUUCACAUAUGGUGGAAAUCUUGUUCCAGGACCAGCAAAGCCUGGUUCUUGGCCAAAUUCCUGCUGUCCAGGAAGUGUCAGACAUUGAGCGUAGGGGUGUAGUGGUGCAAUGUCAACCUGCACCAGAACCCGAGAAGCAACAGUCUGUCUUGAUACUACCAGGGCCCAACCAACCCAGUUACGAGUUGAGUCGGGGUAUGGUCAUCCAGCGAGCACCACUAUGUAGAGAGGGAAGACCUACUCUCCAAGAAGUGCCACAAACCGCCAUCUCAUACCUCCCUCCACCAACGUUGUUAGAAGACAGAGGAGAAGUUGAAAUUACUCUGACUCCUGUGGAGCCACAGGUCGAUUCCAUGCUGAACUCGGCAGGCAUCUCCAGCUCAUUUGGCUCCUUGUCUGGAGAAACUCCGAAAACAGAUGCCCCAUAGCUGCAGCACAUCAGCCAUUCAUGGAGACUUGGAAACACCAUGAUUAAGAUGUGCAUUGCCUUCCAGUGCAUUGCAUACUAGUUUUUGGGUCAAACUGAGGUGUACCAUUUUGGCUGAGUUUGAUUGGGUAUGUCUGCUUUCUGUAGGGUGUCAUGAGGCAGUGAGCAAGAACAAUCUGUUGUUAUUGCAAUUGGCAAUUGUGCUUUAACAAAACGCCUUCAAACAGUAACUACACGUUCAUUUUUAAUAUUAACAUUUUAAAGUUUUGCUGCAGUCACCUCAUAUUGAAAUUACCAUAAUUAGGAAAUUACAACUCCGAGGUUCAACAUGGCGAUGUCAUCCAAGAUUCGAAACAGCCGCUGCAACUUUCAUAAAACUGUGAGUUUUCAUUGUAAUUACAGUAUGAGUUUCACAACAUGAUGUGAAUGCACCAUUAAUUCCUGAAGUUUCCAGGAGUGUUGUUUAAGAGAUUAUUAAUUGUACAUCUAAGUGGCUUAAAACAAAUAGACCUAGAAAAAUGUAUCACUUUGUUUCCAAGAAGGAUGUAUAUUGGAGUGAAUUUUAAUGCAUUUCAAUCAAAUUGUAGUCGAAGAUUAAAUUGGCAGGGAAAUGUACAGAUAUACUCAAAAAUAAAAGUCCAAUCUGGUCUAGCUCAGUUUUGGUCUCUGAUGUAAAUGUCAAAUGAGGGACAUCUAAAAAAUGUAAUUCAUCGUAGUUAGUUACCAAGGAACUGUUUACUAUUCGUCAGUGCUGUCUGUCCCCAUUUUCAGUGCCAUAAGAGUGCAGUUUAUUUUCUAUUGCUCUAUCCGUCUUUGCAAGUUUAAACAUGAAUCGAGACAUUUGAGAGUUUUUAUUCUAGAUGUUCAGAUGACAAAGAGUGGUAUUACGGGUUUGUAACUUCAGGGUUCUAAAAGCUUACAACCACCUUAAGUCCUUCCCUUACCCAAUGAUUGGGUAUUAUUUACAUGUUCAAGUUUUAACUUAUUAAUGUUGCAAAUAACAGAUAUAUAUACAAUUUCUAAAUGACUACAUUGAGUUGCUGUUGUGAAGGUCAAGAAAACACUCUCCUGGUUCAGAUGGUGCAAUGUUUAUGUGCAUAAAACAAAAAUAUGCAAAUGAGGCUUUGAUGUCUGGAUUAUUCUCAAAACACACUGUAUUUAUGUCUAACUAGUGGUACUCUUACAGCAAAAAAAUAGCACUUAACAGAUGUUAAAAGUUUAUCCGUAAGCCGGAAAAGAUAUCUUCAUAGGUUAAGCGUACCGGAAAUAAGUUAAAAUGUUUUAUUUUCCAAAUGUAUAGCCAUCACCACUGUAUUGCCACUAUGAAAUAUUAUUAUUAUUAGUUAUUAGUAAAGUGUGCACUGUCACCCUAAAAACAUGUAAAAAAUUAUUAGCAGUUAAGAUGUUAAGAUACAUUUCUGAAAUUUGAUUAUAUUAUUAUUUUAAUUUCUAACUGGAAUUUGUGCUAAUUAUUUAUUUAUUCAAAUUUUACUGAGCUUGAGCCUCAACAACCUCUAGUUGAGUUAGUUGACAGUGUUUUAAAGGAUAUUUCUGCCUUUUCAUUUUGUAGCCUUAAAAAUAUUUUUUGUAUUUGUUACAGAUACUUCACUUGAUCUUAGCUAAAAGCCCAUCGUUUAAAAUUACAAUUGUGUUAUUCUAAUUGCAGAUUAUGCCCAAAACAGACUCGUAUACUAUUCUUGUAUAUGAAUUAAAUUCUUCCCAAAGAAUUAAAAAACGCAAAUGUGAAAAUAUUUUGUAGUAAUAGUUUUAAUUCUAAUAAUGUAUUAAACAGAUGAAAUAUAAAUGCUUUUCUGCAUAUGGUUUGAUGUUCUUUGUUAAAAUCAGAGGUUUUGAAAGGCUAUAAAAUGAAAAAUAUAAAUUAUUAUGAAGACUUCAGCUCAACAGAGGUUGUUGGUAGUCAAAGCCUGUUUCCACCGCAUCAAAUAAAAUAAAAAAUCCAGCUCUUAUCAGCACUAUUUUGAGAUAACAUGAUUAUUUUGAGUUAGUAUCCCAUUAUUUUGACAUUUGUCAUUAUUUUGAGAUAAUUACAUUGCGGUAACGGGCAUCCAUACAAAGGAAAUUUAAUAGGCACUUAAUUUACAUAAAAAAAUAAAGCCAAUCCAAUUAUUUAUAAAGAGUUUCUGAGUCAGAUGUUGAUAUUUAUUCAAAUGUUGUAGUUAUAUGCAAGAUGGUAGAUGAGUAAGUUGGAGGAUUUUACUAUUGAGUAAUGGUGCUUUAAAAAAGCGAAACGGGUUGAACUAUCAAAGAAAAUGAUUGUGAAUCACAUUGCAGCAAUUUCACCCAGUCAGCAGUUUGAAUGCACUUAACGUUGGCUGCUUGAUGGUGCUUAUUCUGGGUAGAAUCAUCAAGGUACUUAUGGUCUCUGUACAUAAGUAGCAGAACAACAGCCUGCUACUGUGCAUCAGCAUAAUUAUGUGAAGUCUUGUGAUGAGGAUGUUAUGUAUGUAGUAGACACAACAUUUACAAUCCCAUAACUUAGAAACACGGCUGCUUAAUUUGCUCAAAGUUGUGUCAUAUGAAUCCCUUCUCAUAAUUAAAGGAGGUUUCAUCUGGUACAGUGUGAUAUUGGCAGGGUGCUGUUAUUGUUUUUUUAUGAGUGUUUAUUUUUUCCAUGGCACGAUUAACUUUUAAUGUUACAAAUGGGAAACUUUUACAGUCUUCGCAUUUUAAUACUAAUGUUGCAUCUCACCCUUGAUUUAAAAUCACAUAUUAAAUUACAUUAAAGUGAUAAAAAAGAAAAAAAGAUGGUAGCCAGAAUGUUAGGGACUAACAGCCUCAGACACUUUUUUUCUUUGUAACUCUUUUCCAUAUAAUAUAAGUGAAUGGUAACUGAGGCUGUCAGUUAUCGAUAAAAAUUGAUGCCAAUUUUUUUUUUUUUUUUUUGGGUUAACUAUACCUUUAAUAAACUAAAAACAGUUAAUGAAGUGAUUUGUUUUAGAACAUUUUGGUUUGCUGUAUCAGCCUUUUAAUUGCAACAUUUAAAUGGCAGAGUGAACAAAAUGCAUAAUAACUUAGGAGCAAUGUGUGAAUAAUCAGAUAUGAAGCAGCAAAGUUUAUGUACAAGAACUUAUGAGCAAAUUAUAAUAAUAAUAAUAAUAUAUACACUUAUUGAUAUAAUAUUCAUAGCCUCGUAGUUGUCCAUCGAUGAAUACUGUUGUUUUUUGUUGCAAGUACAAUGUCACAGGUAUUUCCGUACAACAUGGUGCCUCAUACAAACCACUGUGCUCUGAAUAUAUCCAUUUUCUUUGCAUUUUUUAUUGUGAUUUAGCUCUGGAGCUCUUAAGUAGAUUUUGUUUACUUUUUUGGUAAAAGGCUCUAAAAACUGUUGUCCUCAAAAACAAAGGAAAACCAAAAUGACACUAUGAUCCCACAAGUGCAUCAAGGUGAUGAUCGCUUGUUUUUACACAUAAGUGAUGGUAAUUCUUAUGUUUCAUUGUGACAAAAUCAAAAGCAACCAAUUGCAGUCGUGUCUAGAACAUUACCUUUUCACCGAGUAGUGUAGAAUUGUUAACUGGCAUACAUUUUGCUUUGAGUUGAGAUAAGAGUUUUAUAUCAACCCAGUGGAAUUUGCAUAAAUGUUCAUUUGUUGUGAGUGUCAAUAAUAUGCCAUAAAUUGAUCCUGUAAUUUUUACUAUAAUUUGUCUGAUUCUGUAAUCUGAUUACAACCAAAUUUGUUUAGCCAGUCCAUGCAUGGUUUGUGUAUUGAAUACAUUUUUUUUAAGUUGUUACAAAGGUCAGACAUGUAUGUAUGCCUGGCUGGAUCUGGAAAUUGUUUGAAUUUGCGCAGUUUCUUUAAAAAAAAUUCGAACCCUGGUGUUUGUCUUGCACUUUAAUUUUCUUAACGGAAAGCACACAGGGUAAAAAAAAAAAAAGAUGAAAUGCAGCACCUUGUAUGUUAUUUGUUUUUGUACUUAAAAUCAUAAAGUCUUUUGGAAAAGCUUUUCUUAUUUUGUAUUUCAUGUAUUAUUUUUUUUCAUGUUAAAACUGUAAAAUUGGACAUCUUCCAUAUAAAAACAAUCUGACUGUGAGCACAUUUUCGUAAAUCAGCACUAAUAAAAGAAAUGUAUGAUGUGUUUCUGAA